UUGAAACACCUGUCAAGCAGCUGUGACUGUUAACAAGUUGCAUCUACGAUCUUUCCCGAGUGUUUGAACGCCGCACAGACCCCGCCUCUCAUCGCUGUCCUCUCGUUAAUAGUUAAGAGUUUCGGUGCCCCUGGGUGUCAACGGCGAAGUUUUACUUUCAGUCCGGUAGUCAGGUCGACGGCCCUGCGAGCAGGUCUCUCUGCUCUCCUCCCUGUGUUCAGUUUUUUUUUCGGUUCAGGUGGACGCUCUGCAUCUCCACUGUCAGUAUGUCUGCGUCCAUGUCCCCCCGGUUAUUCAUGGAGAGGGAGGUGGCCCGCCACUGCACCAAGGACUCCUGUUGGGUACUGCUGGGGACCAGGGUGUACGAUGUGACCUCUUUCUUGCGGAUGCACCCCGGCGGGGAGGCGCUGAUACUUCGACGGUCAGGCAAGGACGUGAGCCGGGAGAUGGAAGGACCCCCACACCGGCACUCGGAGAACGCCCGGCGCUGGAUGGAGCAGUACUACAUCGGGGAGCUGGACAGAGACAGCGGCGCCGACGAAGCACAGACUCUGAGAGAGAGGAUGAAGGCCAGUGAGCAGACAGAAGAAAAGUUGGCAGAAAAGAUGAAAGAGGAGGAUGUGAAUGCCGCGUACAACCGCUGCAGCCCUGUGGACCUGGACAAGGAUUUGGUGGACUGGCGGAAGCCCCUGGCAUGGCAGGUGGGCCACCUUAGAGAGAAAUAUGAUGCAUGGGUUCACCAGCCAGUCGACAGACCAAUCAGACUGUUUGGAAACCCCUUCCUGGAGGCCGGCACCAAGACUUCAUGGUACUGGGUGCCAGUGGUGUGGCUUCCUGUUGUGUUUUAUUUCAGUUGGCACUGCUACACCACCCUAGCUAAGGGCACCACCAGGCUAGAACUCACUUCAGACUUCUCUAUCCCGAUCCAUGUGCACAUUUUCCCACUGCUCUUUUUGUUGGGCUGGUUCUUGUGGUCAUUGAUCGAGUACUGCAUCCAUCGCUUUGUCUUUCACAUGAAACCCCCAGCUCAUAACUACUACCUCAUCACUCUGCACUUCCUCCUGCAUGGACAGCACCACAAGUCUCCGUUUGACGGCUCUCGGCUGGUCUUCCCACCUGGCUUGGCCUCCUUAAUGGUGGGAAGUUUAUAUCUGUUCCUCUGCAGCACGCUGCCAGUCAUCCUCGGGACAUCGGUGUUUGUCGGAGGACUGUGUGGCUACGUGGUGUAUGAUAUGAUCCACUACUACCUUCACUACGGCUCGCCAAAGAGAGGCUCGUAUAUGUACAAACUGAAGGCCUACCACGUCAAACACCACUUUGAGCACCAGAGAGCAGGUUUUGGAAUCACCACCAAGUUCUGGGACCACCCCUUCAACACAGUCAUCCCCGAUGAGAAAUUCUAACGCAGAAAUGGCUCUCCUGUAGGGCCAUAGGACUUAUCAACCCUCCUGAGCAACCAGCCCACAUCAUAUAAGUGGGAACACACAGUUAAUUCAAUCUCUGCAGCCAUAGCUUUCACAACAAAGGAGGAGUCUCUUCUUCUUCUGCGGACUCCUUGGCCACUGAAACCAAUCCAUCUAUAUAUAUAUAUAUAUAUAUAUAUCUAUAUCUCACAUAUCAUCCUGCUUUUU